AUGAGACAAGCAGAGAAAGGCGCGGUUUUGGUCUCCGGAUGGCACAGGAUGAGUUAUCAUUAUCAAGAAGAUGGCUCAUAUGUAUCUGCUGAGCUUGAGAAGAUCAUUAGGAAGCUGCAUAAAGUAGUGGGAAAUGCAGUUACUGAUAACAGAUUCAUAAUCUUUGGAACCGGAGCCACGCAGUUGAUUGCAGCCUCUGUUCAUGCCUUGUCGUCUAAGUCUUUGUCAAACUUACCUGAAAGAGUUUUGACUACCAUUCCAUUUUACUCUCUGUACAAGGAGCAAGCUGAUUUCUUUGAUUCAGCACAUGUCAAGUUUGAUGGAGAUGCGUAUGCAUGGAAGCAUAGCAAGCGCUAUGAUAAUAUCACACAAGUUAUAGAGGUUGUAACAUCUCCUAAUAAUCCAGAUGGGAAGUUGAGAAGAGCGGUUCUUGAUGGAUCUAAUGUCAAAACAAUACAUGAUAAUGCUUAUUAUUUGCCUUAUUUCUCACCUAUUACACAUCCAGUUGAUGAAGAGUUAAGCUUGUUUAGUCUCUCCAAGACUACAGGUCAUGCUGGUUCAAGAUUUGAAUGGGCACUGCUGAAAGACAAAGAUGUUUAUGAAAGAAUGGAGAGUUAUAUAACUUUAAGUAGUAUGGGAGUUUCAAGAGACACACAGCUUCGUGCUCUGCAGUUGCUUAAAGUAGUGGUUGUUGAUGGAGGCGAUGAGAUAUUUUAUUUUGGUUACGAGACAUUGAAGAAGAGAUGGGAGACACUGAACAAGAUCUUUUCCAUGUCCACGCGGUUCUCACUGCAGAUAAUCAAGCCUGAGUACUGCAACUAUUUCAAGAAAGUCAGAGACUUUAGUCCUUCUUAUGCUUGGGUGAAGUGUGAGAGACAAGAAGACACAAACUCCACUGAGAUUUUCAAAGCGGCCAAGGUUAAAGGACGCAGUGGCAAAGUGUUUGGAUCAGAGGGAAGAUUUGUGAGGUUGAGUCUCAUUAGAUCACAAGACGACUUUGAUCAGCUUAUUCAUAUGUUGAAGAAGUUAGUCUCUCAAGAAGUUGUAGGUGCUGAUUCCGUCUGA